UCAACCCCCCCUCCCCCAUGCAGCUUUGAGCAGGCGGCAGCGACGGCUCACGGGCAGCCCGGGGCCUAGUGGAAGGGGCCGGGCUGGCGCGGGAAGAAGGGGUCGCGCCGCCAUGGAGGGGAUGGACGUGGAUCUGGACGCCGAGCUGAUGCAGAAGUUCAGCUGUCUGGGAACCACCGACAAGGACGUGCUCAUUGGCGAAUUUCAGCGGCUCCUUGGCUUUCAGCUCAGCCCGGCUGGCUGUGCCUUCUUCCUGGAGAUGACGAACUGGAAUUUACAGGCAGCCAUUGGAGCAUACUAUGAUUUUGAAAGUCCAAACAUCAAUGUGCCCUCCAUGUCCUUUGUAGAAGAUGUGACUAUAGGAGAAGGUGAAUCCAUCCCUCCAGAUACCCAGUUUACAAAAACGUGGAGGAUACAAAACACAGGGACAGAAGCAUGGCCACCAGGAGUUUGUCUCAAAUAUGUUGGGGGAGAUCAGUUUGGCCAUGUGAACAUGGUGAUGGUCCAAUCAUUGGAACCCCAGGAGAUUACAGAUGUCAGCGUUCAGAUGUGCAGUCCCAGUACUGCAGGAAUGUAUCAAGGACAGUGGCGGAUGUGCACUGCUACAGGACUUUAUUAUGGAGACAUCAUCUGGGUGAUCCUUAGUGUGGAAGUUGGAGGACUUUUAGGAGUAACGCAGCAGCUAUCAUCUUUUGAAACAGAGUUCAACACGCAACCACAUCGUAAGGUAGAAGGAAACUUUAACCCGUUCGCCUCUCCACAGAAGAACAGGCAACCAGAUGAAAACAACUUAAAAGACCCUGGGGGUUCCGAGCUAGACACAAUCAGCAAAAACACGUGGGGGCCUGCUCCUGACCAAAUUGAACAAGAUCAGACUGAACUGUCACAAAACUCUGUAAAUCUCUCCCCCAGCAGUCACUCAAACAACUUAUCAGUAGUGACAUACAGUAAGGGUUUUCAUGGUCCUUAUCCCUUUGGACAGUCUUAAAAACAAAAACGGGUAUCGUCAAGAAGAUAAUUUGACAAAGAACGGACAUUGGAGAGAUGGGAAGUUCUUGUGGCUCAUAGAAGAUACAUCACGAACUCCCUUCUUACUCUCCAUAUCCUGGGAUAAGAAGAAAACAAACAAUAACUUAAGACUAGUUGUUUCCAGAAAAAAAACCCUAAAGUAUGCAUGUGUGAAUGCUGAAUUUCAGGAGUGCUGUUCAGUGCUAUGAGAGAGAAAAAUACACCAAUGUUUUGUUUAGAAGUUAUUGUCACAGUUAAUUAGGUAGCCUAAAAGAAAUUUUUUAAAAAGAUUAAAAUGGAGAAGCCAUCUCUUUUUAAAAGAAGUUAUUUUGCCUACAGAGCAGUUGUAGACUGAGCAAAUGUUAUUUUUCCCCACAACUUUUAAAAGGGACAGCGUGCAUUUUUAUAGAGAUAUGCUUGCUAUGAAAUAGAUGUUUUGCUUAGCAUUUUCUUGGUUGGUGCAGCUGCUAUUUGUAUGUCAGGUGAUAUUAAUUUCUAGCUGGAUUCAUAACCAGGUCCAUGAAUUUUAAUGUUUUUUUUAGUUGCUUUUUAAUUUGCUGUUGGCACUAUGCAAUAGUCAUCUACUUGUUCUUUUCCAUUUAAUAAAGUUGUUCAAGUCCAGUUUCACCAUUCACAGAUAGAUGAAAAAGUAGAAAGGAGUAUGAUGACAGUGGAGAUUUGAGUACGUACCUGCUCAUGCUAGAUUUUAAAAGUUUUUCCUGAAUAGUUUAGAAAAUUGCCAUAUUCUCAUUUUCUUAAAUAUGCUGGGGCUGUUGUUGAAACAUCUGUAUGUCUAUGUCCAUUUUGUGCCAAGAAGAAUUUUGAUUUCUAGAAUAUUAGAGCACAUCUUAUUACUGUUUCCUGGCAUUUUUAGGCGUAGGAGUAUCACAUCUUCUUUUCUGUAGAGAGAUAAUUGAUUUUUUUCCCUCUGUUGAAAGCGACUGAGUACCUUUGGAUAUGUAGGAGAAGGAAUCAGCAGCUGCCAUUCAAGUAAUUUAUUUUAUCAAAUCUCUACUUUAAACCUUGGUUUUCUAGUUUGUAUAUGAAAAGCUAGUGUUGCUUGAAGUCUGCCUAUGUGCAAUCCAUGGAGAAUGAUAGCCAUAUAUAACUGAGGCCAAGCUGUCCAGUUAACAGAGCACGGUCUCUUGAAAUUCUUGGGGUUUGCAUCAGUGCAAGACUUUGAAAAGUGGGCGGGGAAUCUGUGUAAUUCAGAAACUUGAACUAGCAGCCAUCUGCCAAAGAGAGAAAAAUAUGCAAUACCCCCUUUCUUUGAUUUCACUCAAAAGACCAAACUGCCUAUUUUGUGUUUGAGGGAAUAAUGUCGAAACAUAGUCUGAUGAGGAUGUAAUAGAGACUAUUGCUGGACUCUAAGUAUUAUCUUCUAAAUUAACUUCUCAUAGGCUGAUGUAAAGAGCCGUUUAAAUGUAUGAUACUCUUGACCAUAAAGUUCCUGCCAGAUCAUAUAGAUAGCUCCUGCAGAGUCUGACUGACUGAGAUCUGAAGAAGCAGGUAUUGAGAGAUGCAAUUUUCCUAGGACCGGUUAGCCAUCAAAGAUUGUUUGCUCAUUUGAGGGAUAUUUUUUUCUUGACACCUAAUUUUAUUUAUCAGCCAUAAACACUGGGAGAUAUUAAUGCAAAAAUAAAAAGCACCUUACCUUGAAAAGGUAAAGGAUGGAGUAUUGGUACUGAAAGGUAUUUUUCAUUACUCCUCAGCCAUUUUUCUAACAUGGAUUUCUAAAUAUUUAUCUUAAAUCACUUCAAGCAAUAUAUUUUCCAAAUUCAAAAAAAGAUGUAUAAACUGAUUAUGUACAGCAUUACUCCUGUUUUGUUUUAAUUUCUCCCUUGAUGUAGGCAAGCACCUUUCUAGAUAGGCCAGCAAAAGAUUGAGUGACCAGAUAGAAUAUAUGUGUGUAUGCAAAUGAGUGAGUAUGUUCUUUGGCAGCAAUGAGGGAAAUCUUAAAAUAAGUAGUCGUUAACCUAAUAAAAAAAAAAGCUUUUUGUUUAAAAGAGUUACCCACAUAUUUCACCCACAUAAACAUCCAGCUUUUAUUGUAAAAAUUGUGUAUCAUUUUUAACAGUGUGCAGAAGGAAAAUUGAUAAUUGCCAGCCAACAGCUUACUGUUGGUGACCUUUUCACUUUGGUAAUUUCAAAUAUUUUCUCUUUUCUCAAGUGCUAGUGACUUAUACAAAUUGAACAAAUCUCUGCUAUAGAAAAUGCAAAAGCCAGCAGCAGUAAUGAGUUACAGUAUACCCUACUUUUGAGUUUCUAAGAUUGUUUUCCUCUUUAGGGAUGAAUUUCCUUCAGCUAUGAAAUUAAAUCUGUGAAUAUUUUGUAUAAGGGGACAGCCCUUUUAGGCAUGGCAAUGAGAAGAUGUUUAAAUUGUUUACUAUUCUUCCUUUGGUUUCCCCGUCUGAUUUAUCAGAUAGUAAGAUCUUAGGGCUCAGAGUAUAAUUCCUGAGUUAUAAAGCCCCUUAUGAUGAUUUUGGGCGUAUGACAAAAUCAUGUUGAUUAGGUUGGAAGCAGCACUUUCAUGUUUGAACUGUUAAGAACAUAUAUCUAUCUUGGCAUCAAGGCUUGUUUUCAGAACUAUGUAAUACUUAUAUCCCAGAACCAACAGGGAAAGUUUAUGCAGUGUGUGGCAUUUUUCCAUUCCCGGUGAAUGAAUGGGCUGUAGCUUUUAACAAUUGCAUGGCAGCAGGAACUAAAAAAG